AUGGCCACCAACGAGCCUGCCGAUCCCAUCCCGAAAGGCAUCUGGGCCACCACCAAGCAGGCCUGGAAUGACCUGUUUGUGUGGAAGCAGCGCGUGGAAGUCACCAACGAGUAUGGCGAGACGCGCACGGAGUGGCAGGCGCCGGAGCCGUUGAAGAAUCCCAUCAGCUUGUUCAUGCAGCUGAGCGCGCGCGACUGGCUGUUCUUCAUCGUCGGUUUCACGGCCUGGACGGCCGAUGCUUUUGAUUUCCAUGCGCUGUCGAUCCAGACCGUCAAGCUGUCGAAAUACUAUGACCGCUCCAAGACGGACAUCACCACGGCCAUCACGCUGACUCUGUUGCUGCGAAGUAUCGGUGCCGCGGCCUUUGGUCUGGCCGGUGAUAAGUUCGGUCGCAAAUGGCCCAUGGUAAUCAAUAUGAUCGUGCUGGGGGUGCUGCAAAUCGCCACCAUCUACAGCCGCACGUUCCAGCAGUUUCUGGCGGUGCGCAGUCUGUUCGGUCUGUUCAUGGGAGGUGUCUAUGGUAAUGCCAUUGCUAUGGCUUUGGAGCACUGCCCGGUGAACGCUCGUGGUUUGAUGUCGGGUAUCUUGCAACAAGGAUACUCCCUGGGAUAUGUAAUUGCAGCCUGUGCUAAUCUCGGAGUGGGCGGCGGCGUUGAGACCUGGAAGACGGUUUUCUGGAUCGCUGCUGGAAUCUCCAUCGGCGUCGGUCUCGUUCGAAUCCUCUUCCCCGAAUCCAAACAAUUCCUGGAGGCCAAAAAGGCCGGCAAGCAGUCCAAGGACGCCAAGGCAUUCUGGCAGGAAACCAAGCACAUGUUGGGCCAGGAGUGGAAGAUGUGCAUCUACUGCAUCAUCCUGAUGACCUGGUUCAACUACUACUCGCACACGUCGCAGGACUCGUACACCACGUUCAUGCUGACGCAGAAGGGGCUGGACAACCCGCAAGCGUCGCGCGCCUCCAUCCUCAUGAAGACGGGUGCCUGCGUUGGUGGCACCAUCAUGGGAUAUCUGUCGCAGUUCUUCGGUCGCCGCCGCACCAUCAUCGUCGCGGCCUUUCUGUCCGGCGUUCUGAUCCCGGCGUGGAUUCUCCCCAACACGGAGCGGUCGCUCAGCGCCACGGGCUUCUUCAUUCAGUUCUUCGUCCAGGGCGCAUGGGGUGUGAUUCCCAUCCACUUGAACGAGCUUUCUCCUCCGGCUUUCCGUUCUUCGUUCCCAGGUAUCACCUACCAACUGGGUAACAUGAUCUCCUCGCCAUCCGCGCAGAUCGUCAAUGCCAUCGCUGAAAAGACAUUCGUGAAGGGCCCCAAUGGCGAGCCGGCUCCGGCCUACGGACCGACGAUGGGCGUCGCGACCGCCAUCAUCGCCGCCGGCAUCAUGAUCACCACGGCCUUUGGACCGGAGAAGCGAGGCCGACGAUUCGAAACAGCCGUGGCAGGUGUCGAGCAGAGCCCCGUGGCGGAGCAGAAGAUCAAAGAUAUCGAAGCAGGAUACGAGAUGGAGCAAAGUAAGACCACGGAAGAGCGCGUGGAAAGGGCCGACAAGAUCUAA